ACUUGACACAAAGAAAACAAGACUGAACUCAGAAUAUAUGCAAAUCACUUUUCAAGGUGGCCAGCCUGCAGUUAGAGGCCUAGAGGCCUGUCAGCUACGGCACAGCGUUAAACAUUUUUCCUUCAGGAUUUGAGGUUGUUUUUUUUUUUUGUUUGUUUUUUUUUUAAACUGGUUCGUUAAGAUAGAUUUUUGUGUUAAUAUAGCCUUUUUGUAGUUUUUUGCAUGAGAAUAUACUGUUGCUUUUUUCAUACUCCUCCUACAUUACUCCCAUUGCUGAAGAAAUUUAGGUCCUGAAUCAUUUUAGCUUUUUUUAAUAAGAGUAAAUUCAAAGACUAGGACUGAGCUCAACUUUCCUGGCAGAUCUGUCUGAGCAACACAAACACUACAUUCUUGGCUCUGAUUGGAUGCAGCUGGAGUGUUUAAAGAAUUUGCAUAUAGCAGGCUGUGACAUACACGCAAGCCUCUCCAGCCACAGGAGUGAACAGAAUCCAGCACAGAACAGUUACAGGACUGCAGGGAGUAAAGAAGUAACCUGGGUAAGAUGAAGAAAUCUGAAAAAGUCCCAGAACUGAAAGCGUUUUCCACUACAGAGAAGUCCAAAAAUUCCCUUCGACUUUUGAGCCCCGAAGUCACUGUAAACCAAAUUUUUCACACAAACUCACAUCAUGUAAAAGUCACACCAACCUGCUGCAUGCAUGCAGAUUAUUUCUGCCAAAGCCAAUGCAGAGGUGGACAAGUGAGCCAACAGUCAUGGAGUCAGCCAGUUCUUUUGGCGCAGCAUGUGGAGCUGAAUCAGCACAGACAGCCAGAAGAUGGAGGAACAAGUUUCGCCAGGAUUCAUUUUCAUCGUCAACCUCCGGAUGGUCGGUGCACACAUCCUGCAGAGACCAGGCAGACAGACAUGGGAGACAUGAGAGGAGGGAGCAGCUGCUGGGACUGUGGACCAAACCAGCGUGGAACAAUAGAGCCUGCGAACAGAGACACAACUGGAGGGGAGUAUGAAUACACUUCUCAGCUUCAGAGCGAUGAAGAAGAGCUUGACAACGAGGGGCAACACUACAGUCCCUUUCUACUGCCUCACAACUAUAUACACAACUAUGGAGAAGGGCAGUACGACCUCUGCCUGGUCAACAGAUACCCAUACCAGCCAUGUCUCCACUCUGCUCCCUGCCAGCACGGAAGACCCUUGGAUGACCCCCAAAACUGGCUCCAACGUCAUGAUAAUUGUAUGAAUGACAGCGUGGCUCGGGGGAGCGUCUCAGUUAACGUGCCUCGGUUCUCCGUCCCCCCUGUGGAGUGCGUGUCACGGGUCAGUCUGAUGAACCUGAGCUCGGCGGGAGCAGAGGCGUCUGUCUCACAUCCACACGAGAAAAGACGAACCAUGAGUCUGCCUGAUGAGUGCCGAAACAUUUUUAUAACUUAUUCUUUGGACGUGUGCUCAGAGAUCGUCCCCUUUGUAGACUUCCUCAUAAAGCAAGGUUUUCGACCAGCUAUUGACAUAUUUGACAACCCUAUUAGACACAUGGACAUCAACAAAUGGAAGGACAGUUACAUGAGAGAUCCAUCAAACUUGAUUAUCAUCGCCAUCAGUCCAAAGUAUAAGGCGGACAUCGAAGGAUCUUCGGCGGACAGCCAUGGUCUACACACUAAAUAUAUUCACUCAAUGAUGCAGAAUGAAUUCAUCCGGCAAGGCAGCUUGAAUUUCAGAUUCAUACCAGUUCUCUUCUUCAAUGCAUCCCAGAAGCAUGUCCCAAGGUGGCUUCAGAACACGCGUGUUUACCGCUGGCCACAGGACACUGAGGAUCUGUUACUGCGACUGCUGAGGGAGGAGAGAUAUCUUCCUCCUCCUGUACCUAUGGAGCUCACCCUCAUCGUCAGGCCCGUGGCCACGAAUGCUGCAGCUACACUGUAGAAUACACACCUGUGUUUAUGCAUGUUUGUGUGUGUUUGAUGUUUCUGUUUCCACCUGAUUUUAUUUGGGAUUAUUGUGCAGCUUUUUAUUUGUAUUUUAUAAUCCUCAGAGUUGAUCCAGUACAAGUCAAUAACAGCUCAUGUUAUAUCUACUGUACAUUUUUUUUUUCAGAUGUUUCAAUACAGUUUUUUCUCCAUGUACCUAUAUACAGUACGCCAUAUUAAGAUUUUUAACCAUGCUAUAGGGUGUGGCUCUGUAGGGAUGGCAAUGAUGUUCUGUUUGUCGGUCAGUCCACCAAUUUGAUCCAGGCUGAAAGAUCUAAACAACUGCUGGAUGAAUUCUUAUGAAAUUUGGUAACAGGCAUUCACAUGUCCCCCAGGAUGAAUUGCAAUAACAUCAUUGAUCUCUACACUUUUCAUCUGCUACUGCCAUCAGGUCAAAAAUUUAAUUUGCCUUUGAUGUAACUACUCUGCUGUAACUAAAGCCGUUCCCACUUUGUGUUCAGUAGCAAUUAGCAAAUGUUAGCAAGCUAAGAUGCUAAACCGAGAUGGUUACACCUGCUUAGCGUCAGCUUGUUAGCGUUGUCAUUGUGAGGAUGUUAGCAUUUAGCUCAAAGCCGUUCAGUGCCUGACAGAGCUGCUAGCAUUGCUAUGGGGAAAUUAUGAUUAUACUUUGCCACCUAUUUACCUUUUUACUUAUUUAUCUUGUUGUAAACAGUUUCUGGAGUAUAUUGUAUGAAUACUCAAAUAUUAAUAUAGCAGUUAAUGCUGCAGCAGGGUACAAAAAGAAGAUGAUGGUGUUUUAAUGCACAUGCUGGACCUUUCUUUUAGGUUAAUUGGUGAAGUAAUUUUUAAAUUUUGGAAAGGGUUUUAUUUUGAAAGUGCCUCAUUAAACCAAAUAUAAGAACAUAAAAAGGAAGUGAUGGGUAAUGACAAACUGUGACUAAA